CUAAAUUCGUCACCAUGCCUUCCGAACGUCGCUUGUUGCCGUCUUUCGCCGAAUUACGGGUCCUCAAUCUGUACCACGUCGCUUUUAACCUUUGCUUCUGGCUCUUGGGAUACGAACCUGAUUUGCCCGUAUCGCUAGAGGGAUAUCUCCUGGCGUGCUUCCCUGGAGUGCGAUGCAGUGCCCUGUAUGCUACGAACCUUAUGACAUUAGCGACCGCCGGCCCAAGAUAACACCCUGCGGCCACACGUUCUGUCUACAAUGCCUGCUCUUGUUCCAAUCCAGCGAGUGUCCAACUUGCAGAACGUCAUUCGAAUGCGAGCCGAUCGGACUGACGGACAACUUCCUGGCGCUUGAGGAGACGGCCGACAUGAAGUUCGUACAGCGCACGCUGUGGUGCGAGACCUGCUGCGACGCGCCGCGCGUGGAGUGCGUGGAGGGGCACGAGGUGUGCUCGUCCAGGACGGCGCUGUCGCGGCGCGAGGCCGAGUACGUGGCCGUGCUGCGCGCCGAGGAGGCGCUGCUGGCCCGCGAGGAGGAGGCUCGCUCCAAGGUGGGAGACGCCCUGGACCAGAUCAUGGACCAGCUGGGCUACCUGAACGACGCGAGCUCGGACGUCGUGACCGACGCGCUGAGGGUGACCCAGGAGCGGGCGGGCGCCGGCGUGACCAACAGCAACGCCGUCAAGGCCAUGCAGGCCGCCAUCAGGGCGUCCGAGUCGCGCACCGCCACCAUGCGCGACGCGCUGGCCGUGCUGGACGCCACCGAGGCCCGCAUCAGGGUCAAGUGCGGCGGCGAGUGGCGUUCCUUCUCGAUGGACCUCGGCGCCGACCAGCCGCAGCAGCUCGAUGGCGCCCCCGCCGACAAGAGCAAGCUGAUCCUCUUCACGGCGUACGCGCUGUCGCGCCAGCUGCCGCCGUGCGUGCGCCAGAACAUCACGUACUCGCUGACGGCCAGGGUGUCCUCGGCGCGGGGCGGCCCCCUCCCGGACGUGACGAUCGAGUUCGACGAGAUGCCGCCCCGGGCGGCGCUCAGCGAGCAGUGGGGCAAGGGCUGGCGCCGCUACUCCAUCUGCCACCGCUGCCUGGAGAGCUGCCACACGCAGACCUUCACUCCGCAGCCGCCUGACGCGGAGGACGCGGCCAUCGAGCGCGGGGCGGUGUGCGUGGGGCGCAGCAGCGGCAAGUACUACUUCAUCCUGUGCGACGACAUGAAGGACAAGUUCUUCCUCCCGCUGGCCGCCAACUUCAAGGUGGUGGGCCGAGUCGUCGCCAACCUCAGCUCCCUCGAAACGGCUGUCAAGAUGGCGCAGAGGACCGACCUGAUCCGGGUCUUGCCCAAAGAUUGAGGACCUCUGCUGUUCGAGUUACUUUUCCUUUUGUUUCACGUCAGUGCCAUUACGCUAAGAGUUGACUAGAUUGAGUACUAUUGUCAUGUUCUUUAGUUCUGUUUUGUUUAAGGUGUUUUAUUGUGCCAUAUUGUGCAUCAGAAGACACUAUAGGGAAGGGCGAGUGGAAUAAAUUAUUUGUAAGGAGUUGUUGUGAGGAAGAAGUUUUA